UCAAAAAAAUUCCGGUCAAGCUGGGACUAGCCCCGUGCGCACGCCUAUGACUAUCGUGUUUGGUAUCAUUGAUUUCCGAUGGCUAACCAACAUUGGGGAAUUGGAAAGGUCGAUUGUGCAAUGCCAUAGCGAGAGCACGGGUAUCUCCGUCGGAAGACAAUUCUGUAAACGCAACGGACCGUGGUCGCUCGCCGGCAUGGCGAAAAUGUCGCCGGUGAUCGUUUAAGCAGUCACAAAAAAGAAAAUUGUUCGAAAAUGAGCUGUUGCGUUGUCCUACAUUAUCGUCUGCAUUAUGAGCGUUAACCCCGGACGGUGAGUGGCCGAGGCCUGAGCUGAAGUCGUGUGUUUGGCAAUCCGCGAUUACGAGAAUAAUCGUGUUGAAACCGUACAUCGCAAGAAAAAUCCUAGUAAUAAUUAUUUAUGUUACGCGGCAGCAGGCACAUUGGCACAUCCCACAACCGUGCGUUCACCUUGCACGACGAGGUGUCACCACCGUAGAGCCAGUACCCAACCUGACACUCGUUGCGCGUUUCACAGGUGCAGUAGGUACCAGUUACCGUCGCCGUUGAUUGGUACGCGGCUAGUAGAAGCCCGUAAAACCACUAUCUGUAAUAACCGUCACUGUUCCACGUUUGUUUUUAUCGCGUCCCGUCUCCUCGAUAUCCUCCUUAUCGUCGGUGACGGCUCUCGGGUGCGCGCGCGCGCGUUGGCUAGUGUUCACCGUGUCGUGUAGUGCGUACGUUUAUUAUUAUUUAACAAGUGCAACCUUUUAGCUUGUUUGUUUUUUUAUUUCCAUCCGUCUUCGACGCACGCCACCAGUCGCACGGACGUACCGUACGCGUUUCGCCGGGUUCGGCGACACACUGACAAUAGCGAGCAGUAACAAUUUGCGCCGAGCGGUCAGUCGUGUGCGUUCGUCCCGAGUUUGUUGGACGGUUGGUUGGGUAUUGAAUAACACAAUAAAAAAAAUUGAAAAAUAAACACUUAGGUAGACGGUUUUUCGAUUCCGUUUCACAAGUCCGACGGUUUACGUUGUUGCGCUGUCAGCACACACGUAUACGCAUAUAUGUAUAAUUAUUACAUGUAGCUGGUGGUCGAGUGUACUCCGUUUUGUAUUGUUCGAUUUUUUUUGCUUUGGACAUGUUUUUUGCGUGGAACCGUUUAAGUUGCAUUCCAUAGUUCUCAACUAUUCACUAGCGCGACCAGACAGACUUAAUAGACCAGCAUCGUCACAAAAGUACCUCAACUAUAGCAAUAUCCAGAUAACAAUGUUGAUGCUGCUCAGCAAUGCUUACAAAUAUACAGCUUCAAUAAUAACGAACUACAUCGGGGAGGAUGUCAAUUUGUGGCUCUGGAUGACAUGGUUACUGUGGCCGCUCAUUGUUACAUUUCUAUUACCCCUCACUAUUGUUCUAUUAUUCUACAUUACCGGUGUUAUACUUUAUGUGUACAAACUUCACAGAGAGAGACUUAUAGAUGCAUACGAAAAUAAUUUUUGGGAUGGUGCAUUAAAAACUGUUUCAGCCUUAUGGGAUGCACAUGGUUGGAUUUGGCAUGGAUAUGAAGUAAAUGGCCUAGAAAAUGUACCUAUUGACAGCCCAGCUUUAUUAGUAUAUUAUCAUGGUGCUAUUCCUAUUGAUAUAUAUUAUUUGAUUUCUAGAAUAUAUUUAAUCAAAGCCAAACUAGUUCAUACUGUAGCUGAUCAUUUUCUGUUUAAAUUACCUGGCUGGUCAAUAAUAUCUGAACCAUUAAAAGUGAUACCUGGAACUGUACAGACUUGUUCAGAUAUAUUAAAAGAAAAUAAUCUAUUGGCAAUUUCACCAGGUGGUGUUUAUGAAGCUCAAUUUGGUGAUAGGUAUUAUAGGCUCAUGUGGAAAAAGCGAUUUGGUUUUGCUAAAGUAGCUAUUGAUGCUAAAGUACCUAUAAUACCAAUAUUUACUCAAAAUAUUCGAGAAGCAUUUCGUUGUAUUGGCAUUGGUCGUAGAUUCUGGUUGCGAAUUUACUUAUGGACUAGAUUGCCAAUUGUACCAAUAUAUGGUGGUUUUCCAGUUAAACUUAGAACUCAUAUUGGUAAACCAAUUCCAUAUGAUCCUAAUUUAUCAGCAGAAGACUUACAGAAAAAGGUGGCUAGUGCAAUAGAAGAAUUAAUUUGUCAGCACCAAAAAGUACCUGGUAAUAUAUUGAGAGCUCUAUUUGAACGUGUUUAUAAUCCAUUAGGCUGUAGUAAGAAAAAUACAUGACAUUAUGUUUUACUUUCUAGUGAUGGGAAAGUAUAAAUGUUGUAAGUUUAUUUUUUUUUGUUUCUGCAUUUAGACUUUGUGUAUGACUUAUUUAUAACAAUUGUAAUUGAAUUCUCUCUAUAUUUAAAUAAAUAGAGCCACAACUUUUUUAUU